ACGAGCAGUAAAAGAGUGUAUCAGCAGCAUGUCUACAGCGUUGGUAGUGGCCCUUGUGCUCCUUGGAUUCCUGCAGGUUGCAUUCAGCCAGGACAAUGCCACCGCUCCGCCCACGGACUAUUGCCAGAGUGGUUUGUGCCCCUCGCUGAAAAACCACAUUGCCUGCAAGAACAAAGGGGAGUUGGGCAAACAGUGUGAUGCCGGCGCCCAUUUGGUCAAUCUCACUGGCCUGCAGGACCUGAUCCUUGCCGAGCACAAUGCCCUGCGAAAUGUCCUUGCUGCCGGGAAAAUCGCCACUUUGCCACAGCCCGAUCGCAUGGCCACACUGCAGUGGCAUGCAGAACUGGCCGAUCUGGCCACACUGAAUGUGCAGCAGUGUGUCCUGCAGUACGAUCCUUGCCACAACACUCCGGAGUUCCAGAACUCUGGCCAGAACUUGGCCUGGAUCAACAUUACCCUGCUGCCUGAAGAGAAAAAUCACACGGAUGAGUGCCUCGUAAAGGAGUCGAUUGGCGGCUGGUGGAAUCAGAGCAUCAACAUCACAAACGAGCAGUUGCAGCGUUUUCCCAAGGGAAAGUUGGGAGAUUCCGUGCGCAAUUUCGCCGUCAUGGCGCGCGACAACAACACCUUUGUGGGCUGUGCCGCCUUGAGAUUCGAGAAGCCCGCAGGACAUCCGCAAUUCCUGUUCGCCUGCAAUUAUGCCAGCAAUUAUGUUCCCGACUGGCCCAUCUACAAGGUGAAAGCCAUCGGCUGCCAGUCCGGUGCUGACCUCAAAUAUCCAUCGCUCUGCAAGGCCGGUGAGCAGUACCAGGAUUUGCCCGCGGAGCAGGGCGGCAAGGGGAAGCGAUUUUGGACGCUCUAGGAGAGUGGAGGGGGGAGUGCCAAAAAUAACACCCAGCUGAAGGGUUGGAGUGGGUGGAGUGGGUGGCAGGCGCACUUACAGUCUAUUUAACACGUUGAUUUGUGUCGCAGUGCGUGGCGGUCAUAUAUCAUCUCGCAGUCGCAUUAGCAUUAGCACAGACACCUGGAGAGCUAGUGAUGCCGAAAGUUAUACAUAUAUAAAAAGUAUGUGAAAAAAUAUAACAUAAUUAAGUAUUCUAGAUUAAAUUCUAGAUAGCAUUGUAUUAAAGUUUCGGAUUUAUUCAAGGAGAAUAUAGAUUAAAGGAUGCCAUACACAA